UAUUCAGUCAAUGAAUCAUUACCAAUUAUUUUAUAAUAAUUACCUCGAGAUUUCCUCCAUCUUCCACAAUCAAAACCAUGAAAUCCACUCUCAUUAAACUCUAACUUGAAUUACAAGCUUGUUUGAAUCAAAGUUCCAUCCAUAAAAAUAAACAUGAAACCAAUCUCAAAGAGUAUUUUUAUGUUCUCAGGUUAUAUUGCUUUGGGAUUGGUCAUUAUUGGUUUAAUUCUUUGCAGGCUGAAAAAGAAGAAAAGAGAAAGAGUUGAAGCACCAAGUCCAUGUAAGGUAGCAUCAGUUGAUGAUAUUGUUGAUACCAAGCCUAGUUUUACGUCGACGGAUUUUAAGACCGACGUAAGUAAAUCCGAUUAUUCGAUCAAUUCAACCGAAAGUGGAUUCGUCCCGUCUUCAUUAGUGGUUCUAACCAGUCCUAUAAUAAGUGAUUUGAAGUUUGAGGACUUGCUUAGUGCACCAGCUGAGUUGCUUGGGAGAGGCAAACAUGGUACCCUAUAUCGAGUUAUCUUCGAAAACGGGAUGGUUUUGGCUGUUAAAAGGAUUAAAGGAUGGAUGAUUUCGACCGAUGAGUUUAAACAUAGGAUGCAGAGGCUAGAUCAAGCGAAGCAUUUGAACGUCCUGCCGGCUCUCGCCUUCUAUUGUUCCAUACAUGAGAAGCUUCUGGUUUAUGAAUAUCAGCCUAAUGGAAGUCUCUUCACUCUUCUCCAUGGAAAGCAACCGGGACGAAAAUUCGAAUGGGCCAGCAGACUCAAAAUUGCAGCCAAAAUUGCAGAGGCAUUGGCAUACAUGCACCGGGAACUGUACGUUGAUGGCAUCCCUCACGGUAACUUAAAAUCCACAAACAUCUUGCUGAAAAAUAACAUGGAACCUUGCAUAAGUGAAUAUGGACUUAUGGCCAUGGAUCCUCAAGAUCCCUCUUCAAGCCUUAAUGGCCUAAAUUUAAUGCAACAACAAACCAAGGGCACUUCAACCAAUGGUUUCAAAGUAGACAUAUAUGGCUUUGGUGUGAUUCUGCUUGAGCUACUAACUGGAAAGCUGGUCCAAAAUGAUGGUAUUGAUUUAACUUCAUGGGUUCAUUCGGUGGUUCGCGAAGAAUGGACCGUCGAAGUUUUCGAUAAGUCGAUAAUUUCAGACGGUGCGAGUGAAGAGAGGAUGCUGAAUUUGCUGCAAGUGGCUAUCAAAUGUGUUAAUCAGGCUCCUGAGUCUAGGCCAAGCAUUAGCCAAGUUGUCUCCAUGAUUAACACCAUAAAGGAAGAAGAUGAUAAAUCACUAGUCUAUGAACCAUAAGAAAACAGAUUAUGAAGGAAAUUUGCCAGUUCCCCAUGUUUUCUUCGAAAUCUUUCAGUUACAGUUAGUCCAGCUUUGAGUAAUGUUAGAUUUUGCU